GGGGCUGGAAGCCGGAAGGAGACAGUUGUUUCCGGGUCAGCGGCAGGGGAGGUGGGGGGGACUGGCAGUCAUGGAGUCCCUCUGGAGACUGAAACGGUUUGAUGCGUUCCCGAAGACCUUGGAGGAUUUUCGAGUCAAGACCUGUGGGGGCGCGCUCGUGACAUUAAUCAGUGGACUCAUCAUGCUACUACUUUUCUUCUCAGAACUCCAGUACUAUCUCACAAAGGAGGUUCACCCAGAAUUAUAUGUUGACAAAUCAAGAGGAGACAAGCUCCGGAUAAACAUAGAUGUUUCUUUUCCCCAUAUGCCAUGUGCUUAUCUGAGCAUUGAUGCAAUGGAUGUUGCUGGAGAGCAGCAGCUAGACGUUGAACAUAAUCUCUUCAAACAGCGCUUGGAUAAAGAUGGCAAGCAUGUGACUCCAGAAGCAGAAAGACAUGAGCUAGGAAAAGAAGAGGAGAUAUUAUUUGACCCCAACUCCCUAGAUCCUGAUCGUUGUGAAAGCUGUUAUGGAGCCGAGUCUGAGGACAUCAAAUGUUGUAAUACUUGUGAUGAUGUGAGAGAAGCGUAUAGGAGGCGAGGCUGGGCUUUCAAGAAUCCAGACACCAUAGAACAAUGCAAAAGAGAAGGCUUCAGCCAGAAAAUGCAGGAGCAGAAAAAUGAGGGCUGCAAAGUAUAUGGGUUUCUAGAAGUCAACAAAGUAGCUGGCAAUUUUCAUUUUGCACCAGGAAAAAGCUUUCAACAGUCGCAUGUUCAUGUGCACGCUGUUGAGAUUCAUGAUCUGCAGAGCUUUGGACUUGAUAAUAUAAACAUGACACAUUUUAUCAAGCAUCUUUCCUUUGGGAGGGAUUAUCCUGGCAUUGUGAACCCGCUUGAUGGGACAGUCGUCAUAGCAGAGCAAGGUUCUAUGAUGUUUCAGUAUUUUGUAAAAGUGGUCCCAACAGUGUAUAUGAAGGUUGAUGGUGAGGUGGUGAGAACAAACCAGUUUUCAGUAACACGGCAUGAAAAAAUAGCAAAUGGCCUGAUUGGAGACCAAGGUCUACCUGGUGUAUUUGUGCUCUACGAGCUGUCUCCUAUGAUGGUGAAACUAACAGAGAAACACAGGUCUUUUACACAUUUUCUCACUGGAGUCUGUGCUAUCAUUGGAGGGAUAUUUACAGUUGCAGGACUCAUUGACUCUUUGAUCUAUCAUUCAGCUCAGGUCAUUCAGAAGAAAAUAGAGCUUGGGAAGAUGACAUAGACUGAUUGACAAAACUUGAAGGAAUGAAAAAUAACUCUAUAAGACAGUGGCUUGUUUGAAUGUAUCAAGAGCAGAUACCUGGACUCACGAAGAGCCCCCUGAGAAGAGUUCCAGGCUUGGCUUCACUCCUUGUUUGGGCAUUAAUUCAUGGGUUGGGAGAAGUAAAACGGGGGAUUAAUUAAACAUCCAUCCUGAGUGACAGUGCUAUACCUUAGAUUCUAGUACUUGUCUGAUCUUUUGGUGUACCUCUCAACCUCUGAAGUUUGAGACAUGGAGCAGUUGAACACAACUAAUUUUUAAAUGUGGGGAACAAAUAUUUUCUUGUUGUAUUUAUAACCCAGUGCUACCCUUAGGAUGUGUGUGUGGAACAACUUCUCAGGAAAGUUUUAUUAACAAGUCAGAUAUUUGAUACCUUUCUACAUUCCAAUCAUCAUCAGAUCCAGUAGAAUCACACUAAGUGCGACCCUUAGCAGGUUUUCAUUUUCUGUUUCCUUUUUUCUUCUUCUUUGGGAACUUGAACUCUAAGCAUGCAUUGCAGCUAGUGCCCCUGAUUUUCAAGUAUAUCUCCCUCUUGUUUGCUAUUCUUUGAAUACUAUCUCUUCUAGCAAAGAUACAUUGGCUUAAUAACGAUUCAGCUCAAAUCUAGCUCAACUAUAACGCUUCUACUGCAGACCUACCUAGCUACCCUCUAAAACUGGCUUGAUAUAUAUUACUAUAUUGAAUUAAGUUGUGAAAAGACUUCAUGUUUAACCAGUGAACAUCACAGGUGAUGUUAACACAAUGGCUACUUUAAGCAUUUUGUUACCAUCCCUGAUCAAAUGGCUAUUUUCCUUAAUGUUUUAUACCUAAUGUUAAAGUAGACCAUCCUAAGUGUUUUUAUUGGUAAAUGGCAGCCAUGGUGUUCUUAUUUUUGGAUCAGGAGUGGGGGUGAAUUCUUCCCACUUCCCAAUUUCUCAACCUCAAAACUCCAUGGAGUUACCCUGCUGGAGGAAACCUGUAAUUGCUUUUAUGUUCCCCUAGUUAGGCAAGUAGGAGCUUCAGAGGGGCAUUUUGAAAUUGGGUGAAUGGAGUGGGGAGAAGGAUUAACCCUCUGUCCUGGUCCCUAUUUGAAUAGGGAGACCUCAAAGUUGUUGCUUGUUAAUAAACACUCCAUUCACAAUCCCGCAGCAUCUUGUCUAGUUCAGUCAGUCUAAGGCUUGGUAGUGCCCAUACUCAUGUCCACUCUUCCUUUCUUUCUGUUCCUUGAGUUCUUUUAUCCCAGGCUUCUAGCCCCCUCUUCCUAUUUAAAGAAUCUUUGCUUGGCUGCUCAUUGCUGAGGAGAGUGCUACAGUGUGCUGUCACACAGUCGCAGGAACAGCAGAAUUGCCACCAGACCACAAAGGUAAUUUUAUCCAGCAGUACUGAGUGUGAAAAUGAAGCAAGGCAGCAAGGAGAACAUAUUUAAAAGGCAGAGUGUUUAGGCAGAAAUGGAACAAUUUAGAGGGUUUUCUGCUAAAUCAGCUGAAACCUGCCAUACAUAGAAUCUGAGUGAGGUAAGCCCUAUGUCUUGUAUGAACGUGACAAUCUGCUAUUUAUGAACACUGUUAGACAAGAGAUCUAAUCCCAGUGUACAUGAUGCACUGUGCCGUAAUUCUGUGCCCCAAAGUGAAAACAUUUUAAUGAUGCAGAUGCUGCCCUACACCACUACUGAACCUCCACGAAGGAUUUGGGCACAAAUCGUACACAUAUGACUUGUGAUGAUUACUUAAUACUACUCUUCUCUAGUGAGGGAGCCAAUUCUGGGGAACAAGGAGCAGCAGCUAUACUGUAAAGAUAACCAGGUCUCCAGCACAUGUUACAAAACUAGAGCAUUCCAGAGGCAAGUGGGUAAUUCUACUCAUUCUAAGUAAUAAAUGUUAUCAGCUCUGCCUUGUCAUAUUAGACUUUUAUAAGGGUCUUGCUUAAAUUUUGGAUUCCCUUUUUAUACACUGUGUCUUUCUAAAGGAAAAAGAUCUGAGUUAGAGGUAAAUGUUCAUACCAAGAGGAAACUGAGAUUGCUCUCCAACAUUACUUGACUUUCACACAUGUGUUUUAUGGUACACUGUUCUUUUGAAAAGAGAGACAAUAAAUUCUUGCUGAAGGGCAACUAUAAUUUAUUUUCAUUA